GUGGUUUUAUGCACUUGAGAUGGCCAGGUAGAAGUGGAUUGUCGUUUUGAUAUAAUACCUUGCAGGUCAGGAAUGUAUAGUUAUAGUCUCAAUCGGAUCGAGGUCCCCGCAUGAAGAGCUGCUCAAUGCCGAGGCGAGGGGCCGUUGGCCAAUCACAUGUCGCUGAUCGGAGAUCUACCCCGGUCCGAACAAAGACCGUCAGGUUUCCGAGAGUUCCAGACUUGUACAUUUGGUUCUGUUAUUUAGUGGUGUUUUCCUGGUUUACCAUUGAAGAGUUGUGCACGGGAAUUGUGUAUGAGGUACUGCUAUACUAGGGGUGGGGUGGUUGUUUAUAUAUUCUGCGGGUUGCCCUAAGUUGGAUCGAAUCAGCUGGUAUGCUG